CACAAAGUGGGCAUAUUAUCGUGUUCUUUUUCAAUUUCAUGUUUUAAGCACAGCCAUUACAAUGUCUAAAAAUUCAAAGAAGAUAAACGGCGAGAGACUUCUAUUUGAAGAUGUUGUAAGAUUUACUGGGUCCUUUAUCUGUGAGAAUCAUGGAGAUAAAUUGAAAGAAGCUGCAGCAAAACUGAUAUUGACAAAACUUAACUCAAAAACCGAACUUUCAAGCCACUUGAAGUGUUACGAAACCUACAUAUCAUUUUACCCCGAAAUAUUAAUUACUGGUAUCAGGCUGGAGGGUCGGAUUUCGCGUCAAGAGAUACCUGGAUUUUUUGUUUCUGCUAGGCAUCCAAAAGCUUUGGUGGUUCUUUUUCAGCGAUCGCAGUUGGACGAUGUAACCUUAUACGGCAUGGUUUUUAGUUCUUCGUCUAAGGCUCAAAAAGUCGCAGGAUUUCUUGCAGAAUCUAAUCCUCAAUUGAACGUGAAAGGAGAACCAUCCGGUCCAAAAGUAAAAUCUGUUACAAUAGGCCCAAAGAUACGUAAAUCACCCGACAGUUGCUACAAGGAGGUCAAUGGUUUAUUAAAAACUCGUGAAACAUUAAAUACACUCCCGCCACCGGGAAAUACAUUUCGUUCAGAAGUUACAUGGAAUAAAAUUCCGGGUCAACAAAACAAAGAAAAAUUCUCCCCGAGUAGUACAACUGUUCAUGUUAAUGGCUCUUUACCACACGAAAACAAUCAGCUCAAGUUUGGUAGGCAGAGAACCACCCAGGUAGAUAGUACUCAUCUAAUGGACAGUCGCGGUGGGAUAAAUAAUAAUCACUCACAAAGUGGACCAAAUGUAUCAAAAUAUAGCAGUUUUUAUCCAGUAAAUGCAAAAAAUCAUGUUCGUUUUCGACAGUCUACUGCUGGUUAUAACGAUAAGAUGUUACAUCAUAGUACUCGCUCGAUAAUUAAUCUCGAACGAGCAUCUGAGGAAAGCGGAUUCGAUACUCCAUUCCCUUAUGAUCCGAAUGAAAAUAUUGAGGAAUUUUCUAUUGGAUAUUAUAAUAUCGAAGAAGGUUUUGGUAUAGACGAUCGUGAUAUACUUCAUAUGAAAGAUGAAAAACAAAUGGACACAAACGAUCCUCAGGAAAACCCUUGGGUUGAAAACAUAACUUACAUAAGCAACAAUAAGAAUGGUAGAGCAACAGUUACUUCUAAUGGGUCUGUAUAUUUAUAUGUCGCACAGCAAGUUAAUCCGAGAUUUGAAGUGACAGAUUAAGAAGAAUGAUAUGUGUUUACACAGCAAUCUAUCCAUUAUUCAUAAUUGAAAGGAAACAAAUCAGAUAUCGUUUUGUGAUUAUUUUUACUAUCAUUGACAUAGAAUUUAAACGUUGUACAUAAAACUAAAAAGUGUAAAGGUUUAGGGCGAUAUUUCACCUAAUUACUGAUUAUUUUAUAAAUAUAUUUGUUUGUAUAAGAAUGUGUUUUCCUAUUAGGAUGGCUUUAAUCAUUUCUUUACACAGGCUUACGAAAUGAAAGUUAGGCUUGAAUUGCCUUAUUUCUCAUUGAUCAGGAUAUAUCAGUUUGUUAAAGUGAUAUGUAAUUAAUAAAGUUUGAGUUUUUUUUCAAGUGAAUAAACAAAAGUUCAUGAAUAUCAGUUUUUAAGUUGUGGUUUUCAUUUCGUACUAACAAUAGAUGAGGUUGUUUCUAUAACCAAAGAGAAUCAAUCACUUAUUUCCUUCUUGAAUGCGAUGUUUGACGCUUUAUAUCAGAAACUGACUGAAGUCGUAAAUAUUAAUCAUUUGAUUUUAACUUGAUGAUAUGAGAGUUACGCCUCCACCAAAAUACUUGAAGGUCCUGAGUCCUGUCCAUAAUGAGGUCGUUAGCGCACAUAUCUGAAAGGCUCUAUAGUAGGAAGAAAAGGUUGUCAAGUGCUCUAUAGGUUCACCACUAUUUUAUUUGGUCCCGUUCUGUUACAAAAAGCAUUUUAGAACUUGACUUACUUUCAGAAAAUGUUUUAUCAAAAUGAUUGAAUCCUUUAAUUUCAAAGAUAAAAAUAUACAAAAACAAAGGGC